UGCCUCCCUCCCUGCCACACAUCUCUCUCAUCCUCUAGCCCAAGGAGUGGAGCUCAGCUGCAUCUGAGUGACAGGGACCCCUCUCUCCCCGGUGGUGUCACCCAGCAGGAGCUGCAAGGCCAGACAGAACGUACACUGAUUGCACUGGAGGACGGAGCUGUGGUUUUUAUCUGGGUUAGGUCCUAAUUAAAUGGCUGAUAAACAAAUCAGUUUGCCCGCCAAGCUUAUAAAUGGAGGUAUAGCUGGACUGAUUGGUGUAACCUGUGUUUUUCCUAUCGACUUGGCCAAGACUCGGUUACAAAAUCAGCAAAAUGGGCAGAGAAUGUAUACCAGCAUGUCUGAUUGCCUCAUUAAAACCAUCCGUUCUGAAGGAUACUUUGGCAUGUAUAGAGGUGCUGCUGUGAAUUUAACUCUUGUUACACCAGAGAAGGCUAUUAAAUUAGCAGCCAAUGACUUCUUCAGACAUGCUCUGUCCAAAGAUGGGAAGAAGCUGACACUGCUGAAGGAGAUGCUGGCUGGGUGUGGAGCAGGGACAUGCCAGGUCAUUGUCACUACACCCAUGGAGAUGCUGAAAAUCCAGCUGCAGGAUGCUGGGAGGCUCGCUGCUCAAAGGAAACUCCUGGCAUCUCAGGCGGGACCGAACAGCGCUGUAGCUGAGUCCAUAACAGCCCGGCCUACAGCAAUGCAGAUCUCACGUGAGCUACUGAGAAGUGAUGGGAUUGCUGGAUUAUACAAAGGCCUGGGAGCCACAUUGCUAAGAGAUGUCCCUUUCUCUAUAAUAUACUUUCCUCUCUUCGCCAACUUGAACAAGCUGGGCCAGAAGACCCCCGACGGAAAAUCCCCCUUUUAUGUGUCCUUCCUUUCAGGCUGUGCCGCCGGGUGCACUGCUGCUGUUGCUGUUAAUCCGUGUGAUGUGAUUAAGACAAGGCUGCAGUCAUUGCAGCGAGGGAUUAAUGAAGAUACCUACUCAGGAAUCAUAGACUGUACCAGAAAGAUCUGGAGAAGUGAGGGUCCUGCUGCCUUCUUGAAGGGAGCUUACUGCCGAGCCCUGGUCAUUGCUCCACUUUUUGGCAUCGCUCAGGUCAUCUACUUUAUUGGAAUCGGAGAAUUCUUGCUGGGAUUUUUACCUUCUCGUCGUGAUUAAUGCUGAUGAAGUACAUGAGCCCUCUAUUAAUUUAGGGUAUGCUCAAGGUACCCUUAUUUUGGCUGCUCUUGCCACAUUCCUUCUAUAACGGGACAUUCCUGUCUCUCCAUAAUAAUGACAGGUUGCUUUCUAAGCUAAUCUGGCCCAUCAAACCCCAAUUCUCAGUACAGUGGCAUGGUCCACAGUUGUCCUGAUGUGCUGCACGAAUCCUCAGCCAAUCAAGUAACAUAACCAAAGGAUAGCCACCAUGUUGAAUAACAAUAUCCCCCCAUUAUUAUUUGGGGGGUUCAGACAACUUUACCCUACUGCUUGGAAAAAGAGGCAUUUUUGAUGGGUCUCACAUAAGAUGGUAGCAAUCUUUCUAUUAGAUUUAAUCAGCUUUUGGUAACCAAUGUCUUGCUGCAUGGGCCAGCAACAUGCUGUAAUUACAGGGUAGGCUCUAAUUAUUUUGAUGCUGGCAUCAACAUUUUAAUAUCGAAAUUUCAAGUCCCAAAAUAUUCUUUUUGUAACUUAGACACUUUCAAAUGUGCUUCUGCAAAUACCAGAGAGGCUGCUGUAAGAUGCCAUAGACAGUCACUAUUUAUUGGGCCUGUGGGGGGCUGUUUGGGCCUCUUUGUACUUGAAAUGCCAGGGCCUAUUUUAAAUUCCAGUCUGGACCUUCCGUCUGCCUCUGUGUCAAGUGCAAAUCAGGGGAACUCUGGUUGCACAAAAUCUUCCUUGUAUAUUAUUGCUUCUGUCAGAUAACAGAAUAUUGCCUGAUGUAAUUCAUAUGUUGGCACUGGCAGCUGCUUAUAUGGCAACUAGUAGCCAACCAAAUAUUUUUAUUUAAUAUAGUGUUCAGUGGUUGUUUUAUUCCUUUUAUUCUUUUUAUUCCAGGUCCUGAGAUUCAUUUGUUUUAGGGCUGUCCACCUUGUGGCUUUUCAGAUGCCUAGACAUUCUGGGAUUUGUAGUUCACAGACAGCUGGAGGGUGGCCUCUUGAGUAUGCCUAUUCACUGGGGGGGGGGGGGUCAAUUUAUUAGUCACCAUAAAGCUGGCCAUACAUGCACUGAUAAUAUUGUACGAAACCUUGUUUCUUACGAUAUUCGCUGCGUGUAUGGCAAGUCGGUGAGUCGACUGAUAUCGCAGGAAGCUGCUGAUAUCGGUCGACUCACCGAUCGGGCCGGUUAAAAGAUUUUGAUCGGGCACCAUAGAAGGCGCCUGAGCAAAAUCUGCCGUCAGGGCUGAAUCGGCAGAAGGAGGUAGAAAUCCUAUUUUUUCUACGUCCUUAUCUGCCGUUUCAGUCCUGAACGGUUAGUGGCAGAUUGUACGAUCUUUCGGGCUACCAAACGAAAGAUCUACAAUCGGCAUGUGUGACACACGGGGAGAUUAGUCACGCCGCAUCCAAUCUCCAUUGUUGCAACCAUCCCAGCAAUUCCAUCCCACCGGCUAGAAUGUAAAUUGCCGGUGGGAUGGCAUAUGCGGCGCCGUGAUUUGCCGAACUCGCCUUGAAAGGAAACUUCGGAGGCUUUGGGAAAUUGUCAUUAUGUGCAGAAAACAUUUGCAGAUCUAUGACUUUUUAUCUAUACAAAGCAAAAGAAUAAGCGCUACCAUGUUGAUAACCUUGACUUAGGCCUUUUUAAUGGAUUGUAAUCACAUAUUUAUCAUCACUGGGUAAUGGUGAUGUUUUAAAGACUAUAGAGAAUGUAUCCGCAGAGCCAUGUAAUAUGUCUUCUGUUCACAUGCAGAAAUAUUUUGGGCACACAAUAUUCUGUACCCUCAUGUUACUGUCUUUGAAACAUUAGCAGAUAUAUUUUACUUAUAAACAAUUUACAGAUUUCCUUUAUGAAGCCCAUGUCUGGGUAUUGAGCAGCGUAGCUGUCAAAAAUAUACUUUUAUUGGAAAGCUAUAUAUUUGCUUUUUCCACACAUCAAAUAAGAGAUUUCCACUUUGCAGUAGAUAUUAUUUUAUCUGUUAUUUAUAUAUGCAGCGCUUUAGAGAGAUUAUAUCAUUCACAUGAGUCCCUGCCCCAGUGGAGCUUACAAUCUAAUAUUCUCUUUUGCAUCUCUGGCACAGUUGUGGUGACUAAAACAAAAAUAAUCACUGCAGGCUGCUUUGAGUGUGCCUACUCAUUAACUUUGAAAAGUUACUUUUAUCAAUUAUAGUCCAAAUGGUCACUUGCCAAAGGGGUGCUGCCGGUGAUGAAAAUUUCAGCAAGUUUUAUUGUGGGUGUGUAACCAUUUUCUGCCCAGGUACAAUAUGAGGAUGAUAUGUUAGCAUUUAAGGACCAGAAAUGAAUUUGAGAGCAAUAAAAUGUAAUUUAAAGGGGAACUCAAAAAUAAAAACAGCGUUUUGAAUAGAAAGCAUAAUUUCAAGCAACUUUAACAAAUUUUUGUUCAGAAGCAGAGUUCCCCUUUUAAUAGGGAUUGGUGAAAAAGGGGGCAGGGUCAAUAUUGUUUUACACACCCACUCCUUCCUGUGUGCCCCUGAAUUUCACUUUGAAAUUCUGGCUGUAGUAGGAACAUGGCUGCUAUAAGCAUGUGACCUAGAGCACCAUGGUAACAGUCUGCUGAGUGAUGCAGAAGAAUACAGCAGGCCUGCUUAUUUUCAUGUUCUGAUGAACCAUAUGAUGAACUACAUAUUGUAGUGACUGCCAAAGGGGUACAAUUCAAAUAUGUAUCCUAUGAAUUGCUAACUGCCCCAUAUUCAUAUAUAAAUAAAUACAGUACCUAAAGCCAUUUGUUGAUGGGCCUGGAAUUUUAACUGUUGUGAGUUUGUUUUUUUUUUUAACUAAUUCAGCAUUAUGGACCUAAUUUCAUUUCAUUUGAAAGAUAUCACCAGUUAUUUACUCUGGAAUUGAAUGUGGUGAUAAGGUUUUAAUUCAGAUCUGUCCCAAACAUUUAUCAAUACUGGCAAUAUGGCUGUAAAGCAACCAAAUGUGCACAGUUUUGGGGUAGAUUAGAGAUUAUGUCAAAACCGCAUAUUAAUUAGACGCCCACAGAUACUCAGAUGUCAAUUAGCACUUACGGAGGAAGCGUGGGUCAGUGUGUAUUCAUUUUUAGAUUUUUAGGUGAUUUGUUUUCGUAGUGAUAAACAGAAGUGUUUUUGAGACCAAAUGAAUGUGAAGGUGAAUGUUUUAUAUGUUGAAGACGUGUGUGUUUCCAGUAAUGUUAGUAAAGAACAGAUUGUUUUUUAUUUAUUUCUCAAGUGCAUUGAUGAAGAUUAUGGAAGCAGAGUAUUGCAGCCCCAUGCAGCAGUAAAAUGGUUAACAAACUGAUUUAUAUGGAGGACUGUGAGUUUCUAACCUCUUACAAAUGUGACUGUUCAUUGUGUGAGACGUGUAAGCCACCAUGGAGCUCAUUUAUGACCAUAUGUGCUAGAUUGUAUACACGCCAAUAGCAACCAAUCAGAAAUUCGCUUUUAAUACAAGUUAGAGAAUGAGAGCAUAGAUUUAAUUGGUUGCUGUGGCAUAAUAUAGAUAUGAAUUGGUGUAAUUUAGCACCUAUGUAACUAAAUCAGCCCUUGUAUGUUUUUAUUUAAUGAGUGUUUUGCUCUUUCUUAUUGUGGGACCUCCUUUGCUCAAUUUGUAGCUCUUCAGAAGCUGGAAGUUCUAGUACAAUGACAGCUGGAGGCUCACAGCUUGGCCAUGCUGACUCAGUAUAUCAGUCGGUUUGGUUGUUGAAGAGUGACCAAGAUAAAUUAGCUAAGAAAAUAAUUGCAUGAAGGUUAAUGGGAAAUAACACAGGGCAAAAACUGGUUAAAAAGAGUGUUUAUAGCAAAAACUGUUAAACUGGGCAUGCAGGAUAAUAAUUUGCUUGAUUUAGCCAUCUAGGUGGUGGGAAACAUUGGGCUGAUCCAAGGGCAAUGAUUGGAUUGUAUUAGAUAUAUGUGCAAACUUGUUGAGGAGAGUAAUGACCACAAUGAAGCAGCGCAGUCUUUUCCCAACUGGAAUUCCAAGCUUGCCUAUUCAAUAUAUUGGUUGAGCCACAACCAGAUAUCAGUCAGAGAGAUUAUUAUUGGGGCCCUGUAAAUAUUACAGUAAGCUUUAAGCUACAGUAACUGGUCUAAUGCUGCAUUUAUGCUCUGCGCCCCAUGUUUUUCCAAGAAUGAUGAUUUUUGUAUCUCAGGAUACUAUAGGUGUUUGCCAAAAGUAAUGUGAGAGAUUUUUUUGUGCCACAUUAUUUUCAUUGUUCACACAGAGUUAAAUGUCAUGGGUUCAUGUUGGCUAAAUUUGAGAACAAUCAUCCAACUAUCGUUGCAGAUGUGCCCCAUAGACUUCCAUGCAUUCAUGUGUAAAAGUCUUUGGUUUGUCUACCUAUUUAAUCCAGUCAGUGUGGCAGAUCUUUGCAUUGUAAGGUUUGCUACUUCAUGCCCUUGUGGUCCUUUUCUGGCUGUCUCUUUGCAUCUUUGUGGCCCUCACACAUGCACACUAGCCUUAUCCCUGUUGGGUGUCACUGAGCAUGUGCUUGGUAACAAACAUACAAAGUGAGUUGGUCUAAAGGGAGAGGACAGAAUGGCUAGAAGGGAGGUCAGGGGACUGAAACUUUUAUUUCAAGGUGUCACCAAACGAGCCAAUCUUCUCCCGAUAUGCCCACAAAAGCUGGGUGAUAACAGGCCAAUUUAAAUUGUUUGGUAGGUAGGUGGGCUGUCGGACUGAGGACCACAUCAAUGAGCCCAUGCGGUCCCCUAUCUGACAGAAAAAUCAAACCUGCCUGGUUGAGAUCUGGCCAAUUUUAGGCCAGAUAUCAGUCGGGGUUGCCCAUACAUGGACAGAUAAGCCGCUCAAUCAAAUCGGCAGCUGAAAUCUGCCCGUUUAUGGCCCCCUUAAGUCUUUUCUUUUGUAAUCCUUCUAAUCCUGUUUAUUCCCUGUGUACCAAUAACUGUACUCUUGCCAUCAUAUUAAGGUUAAACCCAAAGAACACAUAGUAAUAUUUUGUAGGGAAGCAAUUCCAUGAAACAAUAUCAUCAAAACAGACUUGCACAAUGUCUGUUUUUGUAAAGGACCAAUCAUGUAGAGGAAGAAUUAUUGAAGCACACGUGUGGUGUGUUUAUGAGUGGAGGAGGAUGCUACCACUGCCUAUUGUUUGUUAUAUGAAUGUCUUAUCACAUAGUAAAAUAUAUAGUAAAAUAUUGUGCUAGGUCACAGAUAACCUACAGGGGUGCCAAGCCCAAAUGGCUUGUCGUGAUUCCUUAAACAAAAUACACUUUAAUUGCAUUAAGCUUGCCCUGGGUAUAGUUUGGAAUGCAGGCAGCAAAGAAUCUUGCAAGAAUAAAAGAGUUUAUAUUGUAGAGUCGAAGUUAAGUUAAUUUUAAGGGUAUAAGUUUGUGUAGGGCCAGAACUAUUGGGUCAGUUAUUAUGGACUAAAGGAUCAGUCCAUAAUAACUGGCCCAGUCCAGAUCCAGUUCUGAAUGGCACAUCUAAGCAUUCCCUGAUGGUCUGACUGUGUCCGGUGUGAGUUAUCGGCGACAGUUACUUAUUAAAGCAGGAGAUGCACUUCUGCAGCCUUGCACCAGUACAGUUAUGGUAGAUUAAUAUGUCAAUAAAAGGCUGAAAAUAACCAAUGCCUAUCGACAGGGGGCUGCUAUUCAGUGGAACCAUCCUCACAACAACAUGAUAAAGAUGCUUUUGGCACAGCUGAGAAUCAGAACAUUAUACAUUUUAUGUAUUAUUAUGUAUUAUUAUUAUUAUGUAUUAUUAUUUCCACAAACCCUGUGUAAACUCUGCCCAAAAAGCACAAAGUGAAACGUUGCAGGAACAGACAGAAAAUGGUGGAACUAUGCAGUCCCUGCCUAGCUGAGGCACCUUUUGGGGGCUUGAAUGACCACCCAAGCUCUACAGAACAGCAGCAGCAGACUCCAUUGGGCCCCAUGAUGUUGUCAGUUAAUAGUGUAUGAAGUAAGGCACAAUAUUGGCGCUAGGAACACUUUAGUGAGGGGCUGUCUAUUAUGUCUCUAGCUCAAACUGCUGGGAAUUGUCGUACAACAGCAGCAACUGGGGUGCCAUAGGUUAGGUAGACCUGCUUUAUAAACACAAUGGGGCCCCAGGCAGCACUUUGGCUCCCUAAUAUCUGUACUAAGUGGCUAUGCACUUGUAAUGGCACAGUUGCUUCUAAGGAAACCUUGGCUGCACUAGAGCAUUCUGGCCCCGAGACAAAUCGCAGCUAACGUUUGGCACUUACGGUUAUGUUUUACUCUACGUGUUGCACCUGUGUUUUUUUAAUGUUUCUUUUCGUUUUAAAUGAAUUUAUUUUCUUUCUUUUUUGCAAAGUGAUUUGUUUACUUAUGUGAACGUCUGUUAUCAUCUUCGGACAUGUAACCUAUCAUGUUGUGACAAGUACUGUACUUAUGCAGACAAUGAAAUGUCAUUUUAAAUGCUGCUUUAAAAAAAAUACAAAAAUCUUUUAUUUUGAGAGUUUUACAGAAAAAUAGAUUGUAAAACAGUUUGAUGUAUUGUCAUGUAUAAUAAAUCUGAAAUAUG